AUGACAAAUACUAUAACUGUUAAUCAGUCAUCGACGAAUAGUUCAAUCAGUGACAAGGAUGGUGACCAAAAUAUUUCAAAAGUUUCAUUAAGCACUGUUCUAUCAAUUGCCUUAUUUCAGAAACCAUAUGAUAGGCACUUUAUUUUAUAUAUGGAGAAUUCAAUAUUAAAUUUCCUUAAUUCAAGGGCCCAAUCUAUGGAAUUAGAGCCAAUGAACUCAUAUUACAGAUUACUUUCAUACCAGGUUGCAGAUUACCACAAUUUAAAACAUAAUUUAUUAAGUAACAAUAACUCGAUAAUUGUAUAUAAAAGUGAUAAAUUGGUAUUGAACAAUGUUAACCCAUUAUUGCAGCAUCUAGAACCUUCGAUGAUUAAAAUAUUUGAGCUACCUGAGCAGAAUAAUAAGUAUGUGACUGACGAUACCAUUAUUCAGGAAAUGAACGGAAGUAAAAUUAAGGUAAAUAACCUUAAAAUUGUUGACGAAAAAAAUACAGGUUCUAAGAAGUACAAGAUUUUGAAAAAGGAGCAUUCAGAUUGUGAUGCAAAUAUCGAUAGCAACAGUAAUGAUGACAAUGAUCUAUCAACUUCAUUUGAUAGUAAUAAUGAGAGAAAAAGAGUGAUAGAUGUUGAAAAAGAAAGAUUGAAAAGAGAAGAAUUCUAUGAGGAACGUAAGAGGUCCAUCUAUGAGGAUGACGAUAAUAUGCACAAUGAUGAAGUUGAAGAAAAUGAAGGAAAGAAAAAAUCUUUCGAAUCCCCAAAGUCUCCACCAUAUCAUGAACCUUCUAAAAAAAAUGAAAAUAGCGACAUUUUUCAGGACGACUUUCCUCAUCCUAACGAUUUUGAAACAUCAAGGUAUAAUAUAGAUAGGCAGAAAGCUGAAUAUAAAUAUUCAAAAAAAAGACAAUAUCAACCUCAUAAAAAUGGUUAUAAAAAUCAUAGCAAAUAUUCAGCAAAUCAAAAUAAUUUUAAUGGAUAUGGUGAUUACAUGAGCAACAUUAAUUUUGUUAAUGAACAUAAUUUCAAAAAAUUUCAAUAUAAUCCGUACACAAUGAAUUCUAAUAUGCCUGAGAUGCAAUACAGCACGUACCCUUUUAUUCCACAAGUUAAUCAACAGGCAGUUAAACUGGAUAAUUCACUUUCUUCUCCAUAUAUGAUGGCUUAUAAUCAACCACCAUAUGGUUCAAUGGCUCCUAAUGUUGUGAAUAAUAUACCAAUUCAAGAUCCUGCAUUGAUGAGUUAUGAUGCAUAUAAUCAACCUUAUUACUAUAACUACAAUGCAUAUUACAACCCAAUGUUUCAGAAUAAUCAAUCUGAAAUUAAGGGACCUAACAAAUAUAAACACAGAAAUUAUAAAGAAUCCAACGGUAAGCUAAAUUAUAAAGAAAAAUGUAUGCAUAAGAACGGUAAUGAAGGUAAUUGUAAAUCUGAACCUACAGUUCAUCUUGAUGUAGAUGAGACUAAAUCAAUUGAAAAGAAUUUAGAAGGUCUUUCAAUAAAGGAUGAAGAAUAA